AUGGUGGCCAUGAAGAUCUGCUCUCUGCUGCUGGUGUUGCUGUUCCUGGCACUGGGGCAUGGGGAGAAGGAAGAGGGUCACCCCAGUGAACCGCUCACAUCCCACCCUAAGGGCAGCGGCCCCCGGCCUCGAGACCCGAGGUACGCCGAGGGCACGUUCAUCAGCGACUACAGCAUUGCCAUGGACAAGAUCCGCCAACAAGACUUUGUGAACUGGCUGCUCGCCCAGAAGGGGAGGAAGAGCGACUGGAGACACAACCUCACCCAGAGGGAGGCCCGGGCCCUCCAGCUGGCUGGUCAGUCCCAGAGGAGUGACGAGGAGGCCGCCGAGCGGCCAGGCUCGCCACCCAAGAACCCUGCCGACCAAGAUCUGCUGAGGGGUUUGCUGACGCAGGAGCUGCUGGCCUGGGUGCUGGAUCAGAUGGAGCUCUGCAGGCACAGGUCUCUGUGA